GGAGACACUCCAUCUGACACAAGUACACACAUACAGACACACACACACACAUACACAUACACACACACACACCGGAGACACGGCGGGUCUCAGAACCCCUCUACACGGGCUCUGCCCAUGCCACUAACACCACCUGCGGAGCCUGAACUGGAACCAAAAAUGAACUGGGCGUCUUUUUAUGCCGUGAUCAGCGGCGUGAACCGACAUUCCACCGGCAUUGGGCGGAUUUGGCUGUCUGUCCUCUUCAUUUUCCGGAUCCUGGUUCUGGUGGUGGCGGCAGAGAGCGUGUGGGGCGAUGAGAAAGCGCAUUUCACCUGCAACACCCAGCAGCCCGGCUGCAACAGCGUGUGCUACGACCACUUCUUUCCCAUCUCUCAUAUCCGCCUGUGGGCGCUGCAGCUCAUCAUGGUCUCUACCCCCGCCCUGCUGGUUGCCAUGCACAUUGCACAUCGUCGGCAUAUCGACAAAAAGUUGUAUCGCCAAGCUGGCCGCACCAGUCCAAAGGACUUAGAGCAGAUCAAAAACCAAAAGAUGAAAAUAACCGGCGCCCUUUGGUGGACAUACAUGAUCAGCCUUCUGUUCCGUGUGUUAUUCGAAUCCGCCUUUAUGUAUCUGUUCUACAUGAUUUACCCGGGAUACAAGAUGUUCCGACUGGUAAAGUGUGACUCGUACCCGUGCCCAAACAUAGUCGACUGCUUUGUGUCCCGACCAACAGAGAAAACAGUGUUCACUAUAUUCAUGCUUGCGGUGUCCGGCGUCUGCAUCCUGCUCAACAUCGCAGAAAUCGUCUUUCUUGUUGCUAGAGCAACAAGUCGCCAUCUCAAUAACUCCAAGGAUUCCCCAGUGGGAGCCUGGAUCUCUCAGAAACUGUGCUCCUUUUAGAAGUGUUCGUCCUGUCACUCUCUGAAACCUAAAUAUUUCGCUCAACCACUUAAUGUUAAUGAGGGCUAAUGUCAUUGAUGAUAUGUUUUUAAAUUUUAUAACUUUUUAAAAUAUGUACAUAAUAUUACUCCACACAAUUUUAGAACAAUAUUGAAAUAAAUUCACACUGCUGUAUGAAAUGUUAUACUCAUACUGUACCUAAAAAUACUACAGUGAAAUAAAAUCUUAAUCUUUAUUUGUGUAGAAUCUCUGUCUGAUGACAAAGAUUAGAUUUACCACAUUGAGGUUUGCAAUUAUCCACAAAAAACAAAACAAAACAAGUUUAUCCACCUUAUUCUUCAACAUGGAAUUCCGGUUAGCCGCUAUAAGGGAAAUAAGGACAAUGUGCAAUAAACAGUAAAACUGUUUACACUACAAACCAGUGUGCUCAUAAUUAGGAUAAUACAGUAAAAUAUUAUGGUAGGACACACUAACUGACAGCAAAACCAGCUAUUUUGUAUAGCUAAAAAUAGUUGGAUAUAAAUAGAGACCGGAAGCCAGACCCAUAAAAUUUACAAAUGGCUCACUCUUAUGGGAAAAAAAGUAGAUAAGAAAGACACUCCAAAUGUUCCUAUUUAUUCAUCAGCUAUACUUCAUUAUCCUGCCGAUCAGUGGUUUUCAACCAGAAAUUUCUAUGGGGGUCCGAAAGUCUUAAAAUGAUUUAAAUUUAGUUACAUUAACAUAAUCUUCACUGAAAUUCUAAAACACUAAAAAAUAAAGAUGUACAACAUCAAACUGACCUCAUUUUUUCUUUUUAUUACAACAUAACAUCCCUUACCAAAAGAAGUAUUCUUCAAGUUUAUUUUAUUAAGUAUACUUAAAUAAAGUUCAAGUAUAUUUUAAUUAAAUACUUUUUAAUGUAUUUUUAGUACACUUUGAAGUAUAGUCUUAGUAAAAUAUUAGUUUAGUAGUUUUAUACUGCAAGUAUACUCACAAGGUUUCUUUAAGUGAAUUUUACAUCAUACUUUAU